UAGUCCAUAAAUGAUAAAAGCAUGGCGACAACACCAUCCAUCAUGUGAAUUCAACUGGCAAGUGGCAGACCUCAUCCAUUGAAUAUUAUUAAGACAUCACAUGGUCCUUUUAUGGGAAUAUUCUCACCUUAAAAAUCAUCUCUUACUUCCUCCUCAGAUCCACCUGAACCAAAGAAAACCUAAACCUCUCCACUGGAUAUCUUGUCUCUUGUCCUAGCUAGAGAUGGAAUAUUCCAGCCACCACUUUGAUGUUAUCGUUGUCGGUGCCGGCAUUAUGGGCAGCUCCACUGCAUAUCAACUAGCAAAAAGAGGUCAGAAAACGCUCUUGCUGGAGCAAUUUGAUUUCUUGCACCACCGUGGAUCCUCACAUGGGGAGUCACGUACUAUACGGGCAACUUACCCGGAAGACUACUACUGUGACAUGGUCAUGGAAUCCUCGCAAAGUUGGGAGCAGGCCCAGUCAGAAAUUGGCUACAAGGUUUAUUUCAAAGCCCAGCAAUUUGAUAUGGGCCCCUCCGAUAACAAGAGUCUCCUAUCGGUUAUCUCUAGCUGUGAGAGGAAGUCCCUCCCUCAUCAGGUCCUGGACGGACAACAAGUGGCUGACCGAUUCUCCGGUAGGAUUAACAUACCGGAGAGUUGGGUUGGGGUGUUAACUGAAGUCGGUGGGGUUAUAAAGCCCACCAAGGCAGUGUCCAUGUUUCAAGCAUUGGCAUUUCAGAAGGGUGCAGUUUUGAGGGACAACAUGGAGGUGAAAAACAUAGUUAAAGACGAGGCAAGAGGAGGGGUAAAUGUGGUGGUUGCCAAUGGCGAAGAGUAUUGGGGUAAGAAAUGUGUCGUUACUGCUGGGGCUUGGAUGGGCAAGUUGGUUAAAACGGUUAGCGGGCUUGAAUUGCCUAUACAAGCCUUGGAGACUACAGUGUGUUAUUGGAGGAUCAGGGAGGGGCACGAGGCAAAGUUCGCCAUUGGAAGUGAUUUCCCUACGUUUGCAAGCUAUGGCGAGCCUUACAUUUACGGCACGCCGUCGUUGGAGUUUCCGGGACUGAUCAAGAUUGCUGUGCAUGGAGGGUACACUUGUGACCCUGACAAGAGGCCGUGGGGUCCUGGGAUUUCAUCGGAUUCCAUGAAGGAAUGGAUCGAGGGGAGGUUCUCAGGCUUGGUUGAUUAUGGCGGGCCUGUAGCUACUCAAUUGUGCAUGUACUCAAUGACCCCAGAUGGGGAUUUUGUGAUUGAUUUUCUUGGUGGGGAGUUUGGGAAGGAUGUGGUGGUGGGUGGUGGGUUUUCAGGUCAUGGGUUCAAGAUGGCUCCAGUCGUGGGGAGGAUUUUGGCUGACCUUGCGCUUAGCGGGGAGGCCAAGGGUGUGGACCUGAAACACUUCAGGAUACAGAGGUUUCAAGAGAAUCCUAAAGGCAACGUGAAAGAUUAUGAAGAUCAAGUCACUCUUCUCCAAAUCACAAGUAGAUGAGUAGCCCAUUUGCCUGUCCAUGUAGCAAGACUAGACCUUUUAGUGGCCAUUUGUAUCUUAUCUUUAGUAGUUUAUCUUUAGUGGUUUA